UUCACGCCCCUGGAAUUUUUUUUUAGGGGCUGGGCAUUUUGAUCUUCCCCAACAUCAGCGCUACGUUUGUUUUCUUUUCAUUGAGAGCGAAAUGUUUAAGUGCCGGUCUAACGCACGUACGUGUACGUUUAACACGUUGGAAAACGCGCAGAGCUGGGUCUAACCACGUGUCUGUUCGAUCGAGCAGUUGUUUCCAGGACUACCCCGAAAACAAGUGUCCUGAUUUCAUGCUGCACCACAAAAUCUCAAUCUACCGAUUUCGAAAAUCACUUUCCGUGUUUUGAUUCGAACUCGUGAUCAAAGUGAACGACUUUUCUCAUACAUUUGACGAAGGAAAAGAAAACAUGUCGGAUCAAAGGAAGAACCAAUCAGAUUCAUGCACCCCGUCUACUUCCGGGCCACAGCUGCAAACAUGAUUAUUUCCAGCACCUGCACUAUUCCCAGGAGCCGGUGUUUAAACUUUUUGAAACAUAAAUUGCAUGUACAUUCUGGGCUGACAGCUUUGUUAUUGUUUACAGUGAUAUUUCUUUUGUAAAAGAAAUAAAAACGUUCAGUUGACAGCUUCAUAAGUAUUCUAUUUUCAAACCAACACCAACUUAUACUCACAUCUACUUAAGUCAUCCUCUAUUCUUGAGCCACAAUGGGAGUUAAGGACCUUUGGCAGGUCCUCGCUCCAGUAUGUGAACGAAAAUCGCUUUGGGAACUACAAGACAAGACCGUGGCAAUUGACUUAAGUGGUUGGGUUGUCGACAGUCAAAAUAUAGUGGAGCAUAGCGCACAGCCAAAUAUGCAUCUCAGAAACUUGUUUUUUCGUACGUCAUGCCUGCUCCUUCUUGGGGCCCGUCCAGUCUUCGUCUUGGAAGGGGAUGCCCCAGACCUGAAAUUGAAUGUUAUGUCGCAAAGAAAUGCUGCUCGAGGAUUUUCUAAAUCUUCCAAAAGUACUGGGAAGCGAACAAGAUACAAGGGAAUACAGAAGAAGUGCCAGGAAAUGCUUAAAGCUAUGGGUGUCCAAUGUAUUCAAAGUGAAGGGGAGGCUGAGGCACUUUGUGCAGCAUUAAAUUCUAAUGGGCUGGUAGAUGGUUGCAUUAGCCAAGACAGUGAUUGCUUUCUGUAUGGUGGGCGAGCUGUUUACCGAAAUUUUACUAUUAGUGCUUCCUCAGGUGGAGGGGGUGCAGCUGGAUUUAGCAUUGACAUGUACAGAAUGGAACAAAUUGAACAGCUUUUAGGACUGAGUCGCACUAAACUUGUAGGUUUAUCUCUUCUGUGUGGCUGUGAUUACAACCAGGGUGUUUCAGGAGUAGGGAAAGAGACAGCAGUUAAAUUCCUCGCCACUUUGAAUGAUUCAGAGGUGUUCUCAAGGUUUUUCAAAUGGAAGAAUGAUCCCGUUUAUGAACAGCUGGAACGGGAGCACUCGUUAGGGAUAUGUGAUCGUUGUGGACAUUUGGGUAAAAAAACAGUUCACAAUAAAAAUGGAUGUGAGUCUUGUGGAACAACUAAAAGUUGUCUCUUGAGAACACACUCAGACACAAAUAAAAAUGUGGAGUGUAAAAAGAUGUUAACAAAUGAGUUAAAUAUAAGAAGAAAGGCUCUUCAGGAUACAAACUUUCCAUCUCAGGAGGUGAUAGAUGAAUUUAUGAGUACCAUCCAAACUCCACAACGGCUUCCAGCUGAUUGGUCUCAACCAAACCUAAUUGGCUUUAUGAAAUUAGCUGAGAAGCACAUGAAUUGGGAUGAAUGUUACUCCCUGGAGAAGUUUCUACCCUUGCUUACUCGUUGGCUGAUUUUACAAAAUAAGAAUACAGCUAAAUGUCCAAUCUUCCCUGAAGCUAUUAUAAAAACGAGAGUGCUGAAAGGUGUUGCUAGUUAUGAAGUGAGAUGGGGAGAUAGGGAAGGGUUAUUUGAAACACUUGUAAAUGAGGAGGAUUCUAAUAUCUGUAUGACAAUUGAGCCAAGAGAUUUAGUUGAUCAAGCAUUCCCAGAGCUUGUGAAAGAAUUCAAUGAUAAAGAGGCUGCAAAAAAGGCUGCAAAAUUGAAAGGUAAAUCAAAAGUAGGCAGGAGUAAUAAGCAGAGGGUCACUGCUGUCAAGUCUGUUUGUACUGAUUGUGGAAAAGAAUUGCCUGGGAAGAAUCAACGCUGUAUGUGUCACUUUGUAACAAAAUCAUCAGACAAGAGAGAAGAUCAGGCACCACCAAGCACCCUUGAAGAUCUUUUAGAUAAAUUGACACUCAAUUCUGAAGCUCAUUCAAAGCAUAAAAAGGGGAAGGAAGAAAAAGAACAGUCCAAAGCAAAGCCAAAAUCCAAAGUGAUGGAGAAUACUGAGAAGUUAAAAAGAUUAUUGGGCUAUGAUGAGAGUAACUUAGCUGAGAAUGUGCAUAGUGUAGAGAAAACAAAGAAUGCUGCAGACCCUAUUUCAUUAACUGCAUCAUUAAAUACAGUGAAGCAAUCAGAAAAAUUAUCCUAUGAAAAUCUUCUGGGAGAUGAAGAUUGGUCUAUUUCUGAUUUUGUUAAGGAGGAAGAAGAAGAAUGUGACCUCUCUGAUAUUGUACAGACCAUCACUGGAAAGCGUAAUGAUUUAACUGAAACCAAGAAGUUGGGAUUAUCUUCUACAGCAAUCCAACAUCACAUUGGCACUGACCAUUCAUCUUCUCCUGGACAGAGUUCAAUUUGUAGUUCAGACUCUCCUCUGCUUCCAAAAUUCGGCGAAGAGGAUCCCUUUGAUGGAGAAACAAUCUACACACCGCUUAUAGAUAGAGUGAGGAAACUGCAAAUUAAUAAAAAUGAGAAACACACUAGUGCAGCUACUUCUUUGAAACUCCGACGCUUUUCUGAAUCUUUUGAUGCAUUCUGUAUUGGUGAGAAUGCUACAUCAUCCCCAAUAGCAAAUUCGAGCAGUAAUAUUGCCGAACCAAGUUUGUCGGAGUCAAACACACCAGUUCAUUUGACAUUUGGUUUGGGUAUUACAAAUCUUCUAGAAGAUUCCAAAUAGCCAUGUCAAUUUUGCCUUGAAGCUGAAUGCAAUGAUUAAUUAAGAAUUGAUUAAUGUGUAUUGUAUAAUAUGUUCAGGGUCAAAGCCUUUGAAAAAUAAAACUGAUGUAUGGUACAGGAUA